AUGCAACUAUCCAUAGCGAGACGGGGUGCUGCGAUGUUGAAGGUCGGUGGUCGGUUAGUCUAUUCUACAUGUUCCAUGAAUCCCAUAGAGGAUGAAGCGGUUGUCGCUCAACUGUUACGAGAAUCAGAAGGAACGUUACGACUAUGUGAUGCUCACCCUCUUUUACCAAAGCUUAUUGGUCUUCGUGGAGUUUCCACGUGGAAGGUUUUUGAUCGAGACAUGAACUCAUACGAUAAGCCUUCUGAUGUACCCGAACAGCUGCGAAAGAUGAUAUGUGAGUCGUGUUUCCCGCCUAGUGAAGAAGAAACCGCUUCCCUUCACCUAGAUUACUGCAUGCGCAUUGUACCUCAUCAUCAAGAUACGGGUGGUUUCUUCGUUGCACUUUUGGAAAAAGUCGAGGAGAAGCCUCUCGACAGUCCUGUGGUUGUGGGAGCACCUGCAUACAAAAAGCAGAAAAUGUUCAAGGAUGAACCUUUCACCUUUUUGAAGAAAGACGACGAGCGGUGGCAUGACAUCAAGUACCAACGGAACAUGACAGCUGUAUCAAUCCAGAACGCUGGUAUGAAGAUGUUCAGCCGUAAUGAGCAGAAAGUGGAGACGACACGAUUCCGAUUGUCACAAGAGGGCAUUCGGCAUCUUCUGCCAUACUUGCAGAAACAGUUUGUGCAAAUUGAUGAAGAAGAUAUGCUGAAAAUUUUAAAAACUGAAGAAACGAUGAUACCACUGGAGUCCCUCAAGUGCAAGGACGCAGUCAGGGAGCAGGGCGCUGGAAGUCUAGUACUGUUCUCUGAUAAAGCCAAUCCUGUUUGCACCUGGGUGAGAUUUCCAUUUCCUUUCAACGCAUGUUGUUGA